AUGGACCCUCAAACAAGGCAGGAUAUCAUCCAGGUGCUCACAGAGUACCAGGACGUUUUCGCCUACGAGGCCACAGAAAUGCCCGGCCUCGACCCAAAAAUCAUGUGCCAUGAGCUCAACAUCAAAGAGGGGUUCAGGCCAAUUAAGCAAAAGCUCAGGCAUCAAGGUCCUGGAAGAAACGCUGUUGCGGCCGCGGAGGUCAAGAAGCUGCUGGAAGCUGGCUUCAUUCAAGAGUGCCAGUACUCAGAGUGGUUGGCCAACGUGGUGCUGGUCAAAAAGCCGAGUGGGGCAUGGCGGAUACCUCCGGUUGGUUCACAAGAGGAAUGGGAACUACUGGUCGAUGGAUCCUCCACAAAAAAUGGUUGUGGAGCCGGUCUAGUCAUCAAACCCCCGGUCGGGGAUAAAAUUGAGUACGCUGUUAAGUUCGAGUUUCUCGGAUCCAACAACGAAGCCGAUUAUGAAGCCCUUAUCCUCGGAUUGCAACUUUGCCUCCUGGCCGGAGCAAUAUCGAUCGUAGCGAAAUCCGACUCACAGCUCAUUGUGGGUCAGAUUUCAGGAGAAUACGAGGCCAAGGAAGAUAACAUGAGAAUGUACUUGGCCAAAGCUCGAGCUGUCAUUGGAAGGUUGGCCGGGUUCCGGAUCACUCACAUUCCCCGUUCGGAAAAUCAACAGGCCGACGCCCUGGCUCGGAUGGCCAGCUGCUGA